GUUCUAUCACCACCUAUAAAUAAAUCAACCUCCUCGCCAUCCCGUCACAAUCGCGUCACACCCAGCAAAGAAAGGCAACCGAGAAGAACGAACACACGCGAGCAGCAGCAUCGCGACUUCGAUCACGUGAAGUGCGCAGGUGCGUCAUUUGUCGGUGAUGAUGCUGAGGAGAGCUGCCUUGGCACUUGCGUGCGUCGCCGUGAUGGCGGCGCUGGCGGACGGCGCGCUGCUCCCGUGGCUCGGCAACGGCAGGCGCGGGCGCGACGAGGCUGCGGCGGCCGUGGCGCCGCUGUCCGACGUGGGCCUCAUGGCCGACCCGUUCCGGAUCCUGGAGCACAUCCCCUUCGGCUUCGACCGCGACAACGUGGCCAUGGUCUCCAUGGCCCGCGUCGACUGGCGCGAGACCCCCGACUCCCACGAGAUUGCCGUCGACGUGCCAGGGAUGAGGAAGGAGGAUCUGAAGAUCGAGAUCGAGGACAACCGGAUGCUGCGGAUCAGCGGCGAGCGGCGGCGGGAGGAGGAGCAGAAGGGCGACCACUGGCACCGGGAGGAACGCUCCUACGGCAGGUUCUGGCGCCAGUUCCGCCUCCCGGACAACGCCGACCUCGACACCGUAGCCGCCAGCCUCGACAAUGGCGUCCUCGCCGUGCGCUUCAGGAAGCUGGCGCCCGAUCAGAUCAAGGGCCCGCGCGUGGUCGGCAUCUCCGGGGUCGACAGCGAUGGUGCCGCGAAGAAGAGCAUUGGCGCUGGCGCCGGCGCCGGGGAGGAGCAUCAGACCAAGAAGGUCGAGCUCUGAACUGUGAAACGAGGAAGCGGAGACUCGCUCUUAUGCUUCUUGUAGUAUAUGUUUUGGUACUCCACUUGCAUCCUGUGAAGAGGAAGUAUGAUGGGCCAAGUAAGUGUGCGAUGUUAACCGAGGAAUAAAAAGUUACUGAUCUUCCUUA